UUGUUUUGUCUCUUUUUCAAACCAAACCCCUCUCAGCUAACACAGCACCCCUCCUCUCUCUUUCUCUCAAACUCACUGAGUCACCGGACACCCAAAUCGCUCCGGGAAUUCCUUUCUAACUCCCCGGGAUUUUCACUUCCGGUUUCCGAAUCAUUUCAUAACAAAAAAAGGCAAGCAAUGAGCAGUGGGCAGAGCGAACAAUUUCGAUAGUAAAGAGAGGUUUUUGUUUAGAGUUUUUGGGUGUCUUAAGCUGCACCAUGCCGUUUGAAGUUAUGGAUCAUAGGGGUAGUGCUACGGCAUCUUCUCACUAUUUCGAGGACAUUCAUUUGCCUGCUGAGAGACAAAUUGGGUUUUGGAAUCCGAAUACAAUGCCUGAUCACCAAGGCGGGCCACUAUCAAUGCAUUAUGCAGAGUUAUCACAGUCAAUCCUAGACAGAGAUAAAAAAGAGAAGUCACUCAUUAGUGAACAAGGAGCUAAUAUGUGCGAGCAUGCAUGGAGUUCUACGGAUCAUCAUCCAAAAUCCUGGUCAAGUUUGUCAUUGCAACCGGCAUCUUAUAGCAAGGGGAGAAGUAGGGCUGAUAUCAGUGCAGCCCAGUGGGAAAACAGUCUCUUCUCAAGCUCAUUUUCUGAAAUAUUCAGCAGAAAGUUGAGGUUUUCAGGAAAUGACAUUCAUUCUCAUCAACCUGCUAAAACCAUUACUUCCUCCAACGAGGAAGAAGAGCCCUUUGAAUCUCUUGAAGAACUUGAGGCGAAAACUAUUGGAAAUCUCCUCCCUCCUGAAGAUAACAUGUUUUCUGGAGUGACUACUGAGUUGGGGCAUGAUGCUAAGAACAAUAACUUGGAUGAUCUAGAAGAUUUUGACCUGUUCAGCAGUGGCGGAGGCAUGGAAUUAGAAGGGGAAGGGGGCCAAGGAAAUUCAGGUCUCCUUGGGGGAGUUCCCAUUGGUCAAGGGCACUCUAAUGGUUCAACUGUUGUUGGACAUCCUUCUAGAACGCUUUUUGUCAGAAACAUCAAUAGCAAUGUUGAAGAUUCUGAAUUGAAGGCUAUUUUUGAGCAAUUUGGAGAUAUCCGAACUCUUUAUACAGCGUGCAAGCACCGUGGCUUUGUAAUGGUUUCUUAUUAUGAUAUAAGAGCAGCUCGAAAUGCAAUGAAUGCGCUUCAAAAUAAACCAUUGAGGUGUAGGAAACUUGACAUUCACUAUUCAAUUCCAAAAGACAAUCCAUCAGAGAAAGAUAUGAACCAGGGCACUCUAGUGGUCUUCAACCUUGAUUCCUCUAUUUCAAUUGAUGAGCUUCACCAAAUAUUUGGUGUUUAUGGGGAAAUUAAAGAGAUCCGUGAAUCCCCACAAAGGCAUCAUGAUAAAUUCAUAGAGUAUUAUGACAUUAGGGAUGCAGAUGCCGCCCUUUCUGCACUAAAUAGGAGUGACAUUGCUGGCAAGCAGAUCAAGGUUGAAUCAAGUCUCCCAGGGGGCACUAGAAGCUUGAUGCAACAGUCUGAGCAUAAGCAAACUGAACCACAUCCUUUUCAAAGGCCUUUUAAAGACUUGUUGUCUGGAUCAUUGGCCACAUUUUCUCCUGGAGUAUCAGCCUCCAGCUACAUGGAAAACAGAUCUACUCAGGUUUUACACUCUGCUAUCCCAUCACAGCUGGGUGCAUUCACUGAUCUUCAUCGGAGUUCUAGUGUUUCAAUUAACUUACCAUCUCCAGUGACAGCAAGUGCUGCCAAACAAAUCUCCAUUAGUGAAAUGAAGUUUGGCAACCAAUGUAUUCCAAGCACUCAUCCUCAUUCUUUGCCAGAGUAUCAUGAUAGUUUAGCCAAUACUAUUUCAUACAACUCUCCAGGCACUAUCAGAGACAUGCCCAGCAGUUUCACUUCCAAAGUGGCAGAAGGAAUCAACAGCUUACACAUUCAAGGAGUAGGGUCAAAUGGGCACCUGAUGGAGCUUAUUGGAGGGGUUUCUGGAUCUCCUGGAGCUGGAAGCUGUUCUCUUCCCGGGCAUCAUUAUGUAUGGAAAAAUUCCAAGUCAGGUCAGCAACAUCCUUCAAGUGGCAUGAUUUGGCCAAAUUCACCAUCAUUUGUCAAUGGUGUUCAUGCUCAUCACCUCCCACACAUGCCUGGAUUUCCUAGAGGCCGUGCAGUUAUGCUGAACUCUGCACCUGCACCCCAUCACAUUGGAUCAGCACCAGCUGUUAAUCCUUCUCUGUGGGAGAGGCAGCACACAUUUUCUGGGAAGUCUCCUGAAACUUCUAGUUUUCACUUGGGUUCUCUUGGGAGUGUGGGUUUUCCUGGUAGCUCUCCACCACAUCCAGUGGAAAUUGCCUCCCACAACAUUUUCUCCCAUGUUGGUAGAAGUUGUAUGGACAUGACUAAAGGCACCGUCCUGCCCUCUUCUCCACAGAUGUGCCACAUGUUCCCUGGGAGGAACUCAAUGAUUGCAAUGCCAGCUUCAUUUGGUUCUCAUGAGCGUGUGCGGAAUCUCUCACAUCGUAGAAUAGAAUCUAAUUCAAACCAUUCAGAUAAGAAACUAUAUGAACUUGAUACUGAUUGCAUAUUGCGUGGCGAAGACAGCCGAACCACAUUGAUGAUAAAGAAUAUUCCAAACAAAUAUACUUCAAAGAUGCUUCUGGCUGCAAUUGAUGAUCAAUGCCGAGGAACCUAUGAUUUUAUUUACUUACCAAUUGACUUCAAGAACAAAUGCAAUGUGGGCUAUGCAUUCAUCAACAUGAUUGAUCCUCAACAGAUCAUUCCAUUCCAUAAGGCGUUCAAUGGCAAAAAGUGGGAGAAGUUCAAUAGUGAAAAAGUAGCAUCUCUUGCAUAUGCUCGGAUUCAGGGAAAAGCUGCUCUUAUUGCGCAUUUCCAGAAUUCAAGCUUGAUGAGUGAGGAUAAACGUUGUCGUCCUAUACUCUUUCAUACUGAUGGUCCGAACGCUGGUGAUCCGGAACCAUUCCCUAUGGGUACUCAUAUUCGAUCUAGGUUGGGUAAACCUCAAUCCACUGGCAACGAGGAGAACCACCAUAGUAGGAGCCCGUCCACUUUGGCAAAUGAAGAGGACUCUCCAAAUGGAAUACACUCUACCUCGGGUUCUGAUUAUGUGGUUUUCUUUGGCCAAGACACUAACCCGAACCCUGUACGGGUGUAAAUCGUCUUAUCCACCCCAGCUCUGUAGAUUAGGGGUGACCUGACUAGUGACAACUCCCUUUUUGGCUAUAUAGACUCAUUUGACCAAGUUCUGAAUGCCAUAGUGCAUCUUCAGCAUCAGGUGGGUUCAGAAUUUUCUUUGUUCCCGCAAAAUUUUUCCCAUCUAGCCUAAUUAUGAUUAUAGAGAAUGUGGCUUAACUAGGCCUCAAAUUUUGGAUAAUCGAAUCAUGUACAGAAGCUCCCUGGUUGUGCACCAGAGGAGGUAUCUCUGUUUUUGUUCAUUUUUGGACCUCUGUAAUUUCAUUUUCCCCCAUAUAUUUUGGGGUUCCCUGGUGGAUCUGUUACUGUUCUAGGCCAAAUGUGGUUGCUAAAGGAGAGCCAUCGCCCAUUAAUGUAUCCCGAUUGUAGAAAUUUUUUAUGUGCUCAGAGUGCUGUUAAUGAUAAUAUUAUUUAUUUGGCGUUCAA